CCGUGAGGUUGUGUUAAAAGAAAACGCCUGGCAAAAUGCGUUUAGUUUAGUUAAAGAACUUCAAUUAUUAGCAAUAAAUUGCAGAAAAAGCCAGAGAAAACAGCAACAAAAUGUGGCAUUGGAGUUUGUUGUGUGUUUUCCUACUGGUUCCGCUGGCCAAUUCCACGGCUCCAAUAAGUUUUGAGGCAAAUCCGGACACCAAACGUCUCUAUGAUGAUUUGUUGAGCAACUACAAUCGCUUGAUUAGGCCCGUUGUGAACAACACGGAGACGCUGACGGUUUGGUUAGGUCUGAAAUUGUCUCAGCUGAUUGAGGUCAACCUAAAGAACCAGGUGAUGACCACCAAUCUGUGGGUGAAGCAGCGCUGGUUCGACUACAAGUUGCGCUGGGAUCCGGAGGAAUACGGCGGAGUUGAGCAGCUCUAUGUGCCAUCUGAGCACAUUUGGGUGCCGGAUAUUGUGCUGUACAACAACUGGGAUGGCAACUAUGAAGUAACGCUGAUGACCAAAGCCACUCUGAAGUACACGGGCGAAGUCUUUUGGGAGCCACCUGCUAUUUACAAGUCAUCCUGCGAGAUGAACGUCGAAUACUUUCCGUACGACGAACAGAUCUGCUUCAUGAAGUUCGGUUCAUGGACCUACAAUGGUGCCCAAGUGGAUCUGAAGCAUUUGGAUCAGGUUCCUGGCAGCAACCUAGUGCAAGUUGGCAUUGACCUCACGGAAUUCUACUUGUCCGUGGAAUGGGACAUACUGGAAGUGCCGGCUACCAAGAAUGAGGAGUAUUACCCUGAUACCCUGGAACCGUUUUCAGAUAUAACAUUCAAGUUGACCAUGCGGCGAAAGACCUUGUUCUAUACCGUCAACUUGAUUGUACCUUGUGUGGCUUUAACGUUCCUCACGGUGUUGGUCUUCUAUUUGCCCAGCGAUUCGGGCGAAAAGGUUACGUUAUGUAUUUCGAUACUCGUGUCGUUGACCGUGUUUUUCCUGCUCUUGGCCGAAAUUAUCCCCCCCACCUCGUUGGCGGUGCCCCUGCUGGGCAAGUACCUCCUCUUUACCAUGAUACUCGUCUCGCUCUCCGUUUGGACGACGGUCUGCGUGCUGAACAUCCAUUUCAGAUCGCCCUCCACGCACAACAUGUCGCCGCUGGUGCGGAAGCUCUUCCUGCACUUCAUGCCCAAGCUGAUGAUGAUGCGCCGGACGCAGUACACCCUGCCCGACUACGACGACUCCACGCCGAGCAACGGGUACACCAACGAGAUCGAUGUGCGUGACAGCAUCAGCGAUUUUCCCAGCGAGUUUAAGGACAGCCAGGAUGGCGCUUACGAUAAUGGCAUGCAGAACUCUGUGGAUUCCGACAAUGUGAUACCGCGCAACUUAACACCCGAAGUGCUGCAGGCGUUGCGUGCGGUCAGAUUUAUUGCGCAGCACAUCAAGGAUGCCGACAAGGAUAACGAGAUUGUGGAGGACUGGAAGUUCGUAUCGAUGGUGCUGGACCGCUUCUUCCUCUGGCUCUUCACGCUGUCCUGUGUGUUCGGGACCUUGGCCAUAAUAUGCCAGUCGCCGUCGCUGUAUGACACCCGGUCGCCCAUCGACCGCCAGCUGAGCGAGAUUCCUUUGCGCAAAAACAAUUUCAUGCUGCCGCCGGACAUUGUCCGUCAGGUCCUAACCUAAUUGGGGUCCUGGGGUCCCGGGCUCCUCCCGUCUGAGUUAACAAUGCUUCCGAGGCUCGGAACUGUUUUUUAUGAUGCGCAAUCAAAUCAGUUGCUUCCAACUGACUGGGCAAUGCUGCAACGAUUUAUGUUUAAGUGUUUAUCAUCUUCCCGCAAAUGCUGUA